CUAAGCCCCGCCUCCCGCCACGUCCCGCUCGGGCUUCGCUCCCGAUCCCGAUCCUAAUCCCGGUCCCGCUCCGGCCCCGCCCCGCCGGGCAAUGGCGUUCACGCUGUACUCGCUGCUGCAGGCCUCGCUGCUCAUCGUGAACGCCGUGGCCGUGCUGCACGAGGAGCGCUUCCUGCGGCACGUUGGCUGGGGAACUGACCAAGGGAUUGGAGGAUUUGGAGAGGAACCAGGAAUUAAAGCACAGCUAAUGAACCUUAUUCGAUCAAUACGAACUGUCAUGAGAGUGCCAUUAAUAGCACUGAACUCCAUUACAAUCGUUCUCCUCCUUUUGUUUGGCUGAAGACACCUCGUGAAAAUCCUCUGGACAUCCAAAGAAGCCAGCUGCUGACCAUCACUGCUCUGAGUUUUCUGGGAUCCAGCACGGUUUAGCUCUCAAUUCGACAUCCAACUUAAAAAUAAUAAAGACACUAUUUCUGUUCGUCGUAUUUCCCAAUGUUCCCUUUCAGUUUCAUUAACCAAGAUCACAGGGAUCAAUGCAACAAUGCUGCAAAUAUGUUGGACUGUGACAAGUUCUGUUGCUGCCUGUUCGUAGUGUUGGUGUCAUAGAAUGUUGCAGUGACUGUUAAUAUAAGAUGCAGUUUUUAAGUGUCUCGUUACUCAGGGAUGAAUUUCCUUCAGUACGCUUUCCAAUUUGUUUUUAAAUUGAGGAAAACAGCAACGUUUUGGUGUGGUUUUUUUUUUUUUCUUUUUUUUAAUUUCAGUUACUACCACAGCACUAUUUCAUAGAAUAUGAACACGUUAUCAAGAAUUCAAGUUCACGUUAUAGGGGAUUGAAGUCCAGUUGUGAUGUGGAGAUAAAACCAGCUGGGUAAAGUUCUCAUUCUGGCUCACAUUGAAAGUUGAAUUUUCCUGGUUUGAUUGAGAACAGGAUUUUUCUCUUCAGAUCUCUUCAGUAGUUCAUGCUGAUGGUAAAGUCAGCAUGUUGAAAAUAGGUGCAAUUGUUGUGCAAAAUCAAAAAAAAAAAAAAAAAGAAAAAA